CUGUAUAUGUUCCUGGCACCUACUGGAUAUUGGCUGUGACUUGUGGAGUGUGACUUGUGAUUUAUGUAGAAGAAUAUAAAUACCGGAUAUUAACUAUAUACACUAUUUAUAUUUAUAUUUAUAUAAUAUAUUAUAUAUAUUAUUUAUUAUUUAUUAUAUAUAUUAUUUAUUAUGUCCAUUAAUACUGUUCCAUUAAAGAAUAAUUAUAAUCAGUUAUUAGGUAGUCUGGAAGUAUGCCCCUUUACAUUAUUACCAGGAGAGAAAGUAAGAUAUAAUACUCAAUCAGGACGUCAAUCAUUAGAUAUUAUUGAUGGUGAACAUAGACCAUUAACUAAUAUACCAACCAUUCAUAUAACGGCACGAGAUGGAUAUUUAUAUUUAACAACAAAACGAUUAAUUUAUAUUACAUUAAGUCAAGGAGAUGUUAAUACAUUUACAAUUGAUUUAUCAUAUGCAGAUAAAUUAAGAUUAAGUCAUUCAUUAAAAUCUCCUUGGUUUGGACCUAAUUAUUGGGAAUUUAUAUUCUUUAGUAGUGAAUCAUCAAGUGAUGGAUUUCCUAAUAAUAAAUAUUUUAAGGGGCAAAUUAAGUUUAGUGAUGGAGGAUUAUUUAAUUUUGUUCAAGCUUUUAAUAUAGUACUUAAUGAUGUAAUUAAUAAUAGUCAUAUAGAUGAUGAAUUACCGGGCUACAGUGAAGUGUGAGUCAUAACUAAGUAAUAAUAUAUAAAGUAAUAUAUAAAG